AUUGACGGAAUCCGUGACAAAAAGUCGGUUACCUAAAUUAUCAUUAUUUCUAUGAGGAAAUUGACAUUUAACACCUAAAUUUAAGGCAAUAACAAAGAUAUUAGAUACUAUAUUAUGAACUUUGUAAACGAAUGAGUAGAAACACAAGAAUCGGGCAAGAUGAGCGGUGUAUUGACAAAGGUGAUGAGUCUCCCAGCACAAUUUCCCCUCAUUAGAGGCAUGGUGUCCUAUGCAGUGAUCUGGCCCUCCUGUAGUAUUGUACAAGAGUACCUGGAAAAUGGCACAUCUCCUGAGAACGCGGACUGGGCGCGCGCCGCUCGCUUCAGCUUCUUUGGCACAUUCUUCAUGGCCCCUGUGUUUUAUGGAUGGAUGAAGUACUCAGGCAGGUUCUUCAAAAGGAAAGAUUUGAAAACUGCUAUAAUCAGAGCGGCCAUAGAACAGGUCUCCUACUCUCCCUUGGCUAUGGCAUACUUCUUCUUCGGAAUGAGCGCCCUCGAGAUGAAGCCGCUCAAGACUUGCGUGAACGAAGUUAGGGAAAAAUUUUGGCCGACUUACAAAAUCGGUGUUGUGUUUUGGCCGACGGCGCAGACGAUUAAUUUUUACUUUAUUUCCGAGAAAAAUAGGAUUGUUUUCGUUAGUGCGGCAAGUUUCGUUUGGACUGUGUAUUUGUGUCACGUGAAAUCGAAGAAACAGAGGGCAAUUAACGAACCACUCGACAUGCAAUUAGUAGAAAGAACGGAAGACUGAUAUUAGUAUGAUAUAGUGAUUGCAAUAUUGCACAACGUUUUAUGUAAGUUGCAUUUUUAUAAAUACUCUGUUAUGUUGAAGUAAUAAAUACGGCAUAUGCUGA